CCGACCGCAUCUUCCCGUCCGCCGUCAGCGACGACGUCGCGGUCCCUCGGACGAUCCGCUCCGACACACGUCGCUGGCCCUCCCGCCCUGCCCGGCACAGCAGCGCCGGGGUCUGCAGGCCCCGACCGAGGACGCGGCUCCAGGGCUGUCCGAGCCGGCCGCCUGCUCCCUGCCGCGUCCGCGCAGGCAGGGCCCCCCUCUGCUCCCGCGCGGCCGCCGGGACGCGUCCCCAUGGCGACAGGGACGGGGCCGCGCUUCCGGCCUGCAGCAGAGGCGGAAGUCCCGUCCCCCGGCCUCCCGUGAUGCCUUGCGAGGUGCAACGUAGCCGGAAGCUGGUGGCGGCGGGGUGGGCGGCCGGCGCGGCCUCGGUGCGGCUGGCGGCGCGCACCCCUCCAGACCCCGCCCGGACCCCCGCUUGGUGCUGGCGCACAGGAUCGAGUCCGCCAGCAUUAUGGCCAGCCCGAGAACCAGGAAAGUUCUUAAAGAAGUCAGAGUGCAAGAUGAAAACAAUCUUCGUGCGCUCUGUUACUAUGGACAAGUGGAAGGACAUUGAGCUCGAGAAGAUGAAGGCCGGAGGGAAUGCAAAGUUCCGAGAGUUCCUGGAGUCUCAGGAGGACUACGACCCUUGCUGGUCCCUGCAGGAUAAGUACAGCAGCAGGGCCGCCGCCCUCUUCAGGGACAAGGUAGCCACUCUGGCCGAAGGUAGAGAAUGGUCUCUGGAGUCAUCGCCUGCCCAGAACUGGACUCCACCCCAGCCCAAGACGCUGCCGUCCACCGCCCACCGAGCCUCUGGCCAGCCGCAGAACUCAACCUCCUCUUCAGACAAGGCUUUUGAAGACUGGCUGAACGACGACCUCGGCUCCUACCAAGGGGCCACGGAGAACCGCUACGUGGGGUUUGGGAACACAGUGCCGCCUCCGAAGAGAGAAGACGACUUCCUCAACAGUGCCAUGUCGUCCCUGUACUCGGGCUGGAGCAGUUUCACCAUGGGAGCGAGCAAGUUUGCCUCAGCAGCUAAGGAGGGCGCCACAAAAUUUGGAUCCCAAGCAAGUCAAAAGUUUUGGGGUCCCAAGCAGCAGCCGGAGCUGGCUUCCGAGUUGGGCCACAGUCUAAACGAGAGCGUCCUGAGACCCGCCCAGGAGAAGGUGAAGGAGGGAAAGAUUUUUGAUGAUGUGUCCAGUGGGGUCUCUCAGUUGGCGUCUAAGGUCCAGGGAGUUGGCAGUAGGGGAUGGCGGGAUGUGACCACUUUUUUUUCUGGGAGAGCGGAGGACCCCUCGGACAGACCCCCGGAGGGCCAGAGCUACCAGAACAGCGGUGGGGACAACUGCCAGAACAGCUCCAUCGACCAGAGCUUCUGGGAGACCUUCGGGAGUGCCGACCCCUCCAGGGCCCACAGGUCCCCGAGCAGCGACAGCUGGACGUGCGCUGACGCCUCGGCCGAGAAGAGGAGCUCGGACAGCUGGGACGUGUGGGGCUCAGGCUCCGCAUCCAACAACAAGAACAGUGACCACAGCGACGGUGGGGAGGCCUGGGCGGGUGGCGGGGAGAGCAGAGCCAAGACCGCCAAGAAGGUGGCGUCGCCACCAACAGCGCUGGUGGAUGAGGGCUGGGACAACCAGGACUGGUAGGCCCUUCGCGCCCCAGCCCUUGGGGCCCCCGUCUUGUCUGCACUUUGCCCUCCUCCAGCCUCAGCUGUUUGACCCAAGAGGCAGCAGCGGUGUGUGAAGACAGCGCCUUGGGCGGGGCCCUGGGGCCCAUGCUGCCUGCCGAGUGGGAGCAGGCGCUCACGUCAUGGGGCAGAGGCCAUCCUGUGUCUUGCAUCUGUGUCCUUGCUCUCCUGGGAUUCUGGGGUAGCUCUUGGGCCCUGGGGCCAGGCCCCAUUGAGGGCAGGACCCCUGCUGCUGCGGGAGGACGUACGUGCUCACUAAUAAACCCCGCAGCCGCGGUGUCAGGAAUGAGA